AUGAGGCUGCAGGAGCAGAAGUGGCCUCGUGGGAAACGGGAGGCCCGGGGACAGUACUUGACCCGCCUCCGACGCACAGCCUUGAGGCUCCCAAAGGCUUUCAUCACCAAGAGCAUUUGGGACAUGCACAGGCGGUGCAAACGAUUGUUGGCAGCAAAAGGUGGCUUUAUUGAGGAAGGCGCGCCGGUGCAGUGUCGUGGUGCCGGUGUGGCCGGGGCUUCUCCAGGGGAGUUCCUACAAGUUCCUACAAGCGUAUGGUCUUGGAAUGCCGAGCUGCUGGCUCGUAGUUCCACAUCUGUCCUUUUUGCAGCCAUGCCCUUUGAGCUGUGCGUUCCAGACCUUGCUCAAGAUGAGCACAGCUUGCCAGAAGAAGUUGCCACCAGCGUGAAAAGAGUCUACCUGGUGACUUUGCCCGCGUUGCAGCGGCAGUCAGGGGACUCCAGGUCAUUGGUUUGCCCUUCCACGUGGAAGCACCAAGACGUGGCAGCUGUGCUGGUGGAUGCCUUCCGCAGACCAGCGCAUACCAGGAACAAUGCUGGGUGGGGCAGGAAAGCAACGGAGCUGGAAUGCAUGGUCGUCUUUCGUGAACGCCAUGCGCCCAGAGCCGGAGAGGCAGUGGGGCCCUUCCAUUGGCACAUUGCUUUGAAAGCCUCUUCAUGCUUCCGGUUUGCUCCUUUCAAAAGGUCCCUGGCUGUGAACCAUGGCGUGGCGUCUCAUUGGAGCAGCACCCAUACUGGCCUCUGGUCAGCAAUUCGGUAUGGCUACAUCCCUUCCCCAGACAAGCCUCAGGAAGUUUUGGAUCCUGAGCCAUUUUUCUGGCAUGUCUCCGGAGAGCCCAUGGACUUGUUUGCAUUGUCGCAAGAGCCUUUGACAGCUGCUGCAUUGGCCAGGUCCAGGGAAGCCAAGGUGAAACAGGCCCGCAGUAGUGGCAAGGCCGAACCUCGCGCCACGGCUUUUGCUUUCAAGAACAGAGUCAAGCUCUCUAGCCUCAUUGAUGAUGUUUGGUCUUGGGAGACUGUCGAUGACUUCCUUGCCUUGCAUGCCCGAAGCCGAUUGGAUACCUUGAAGGCGGCUGCGGGGACAGCUUGUGUGUGCCAUGGGCAAUGGAUGCAGAUGGCCAUGCAUUCCUUGAUGCUCAAUGGCAUUGAUCCUGCUGCAUUCUGCCAGGACAUAUAUUGCCUGCUAGCCAAUGGGCGCCGUGAGGAUGUGCCAGUCUCAGUCCUCAUGGGCCGCUUUGGCGGCGAAGGCAAGUCCUUCUGGCUGAGCCCCCUGCGCUCCGUCUACGGGGUUGAGCAUGUGCAAGCUACCCCACAGCCCGGGAACUUUCCUUUUCUGGGUUUGGAGAGGAAGAAGGUCGUCCUUCUGGACGAUUGGUCCUUUGAUGCUGAGCUCCUGCCACUUCCGACCCAGUUGCUGUGGUAUGAAGGAAAGCCAUUCCCAUUGAGCCGGCCACAGAACAGUGCGAACUACACCGGACACAUCUUGUACCAAGGGUCAGCCCCCAUUUUUGUCACCUGCAAAGAGAAGGAUCUGGGACCUUUGCAGGAGAAAGCCCACAUCGCAUUCCUUCGAGGGCAUCCAUCUGAGCACACAAUGUUGCUCCGACGAUUGAAAGUGCACAGCUUUCAUCUGCGCUUCACUCUUGUUUCCGUCAUGCCUGCUGCCGGCUGGAAAAAGAUGACAGAGGAGGAAGUGAGGCUGGCCAAUGCUUGGUACACUGAAGACGGUCUACCGCCUUCAGCCAUUGCUGAACGCUUGGGGCGUGACAAGUCAGUGCUGACCCGGUUGCUGGUCAAGCAGGUGCCCCAGAAGAAGCAAGGCAGACCUCCGUCCCUUUCGCAAGCCCAGGUGACCUACUUGAAACGCUUGCUGGACAAGAUGGUUCGAAAGGCGGACUGUAAAUACACAGUUACUGCUGCCAUGUUGAAGAAAGCUGCCAAGUUGAAAGUGGGCGAGCGUGUCAUCCGGGAUGCACUGCACCAGCAGAAAGUGUAUUUCCGCAAGCUGCGAGAGAAGCCGGUCUUGACACCAGAAGAUGUGAAGGACCGGCUUGCUUUCGCACGCAAAUACCAUGGCAAGACUCCUGGAUGGUGGAACAAGCAGCUGCAUGCAAUCAUUGAUGGGAAGUCCUUCAAGGUCUACCUCAAUGCCGAUGGCCGCAAGAAGGCCGCACAGCAUGCGACUUAUGGAGCAUAUCGCGCCCCGGGCCAAGGCCUAGCCCAAGGCUAUGUGAAGCCGAAAAAAACAUUACUCACCAACCCCGGGGCCCGAAAUGAGCUCAUUCUGGCAGCUGUCGGCAACGGCAAAAUGAUGAUGUGGCACAAGUGUGCCCGCUGGAAUGGUGCAGCUGCCAAGGCCAUGUACACGGGGCCAUUGGCAAAAGCCUUGAAAAAGGCAUACCCAACCAAGUCAAAGUUCAUUGUCCUGGAGGACAAUGACCCCAGUGGCUUCAAGUCAUCUAAGGGUGUGGCGGGAAAGAUUGCGGCCAAGAUCCAUACCUUCGAGAUUCCACGUCGCAGCCCUGACUUGAAUGUCCUGGAUUAUGCGAUCUGGAAGGAGAUCAACAGACGCAUGAGGCUGCAGGAGCAGAAGUGGCCUCGUGGGAAAAGGGAGGCCCGGGGACAGUACUUGACCCGCCUCCGACGCACAGCCUUGAGGCUCCCAAAGGCUUUCAUCACCAAGAGCAUUGGGGACAUGCACAGGCGGUGCAAACGAUUGUUGGCAGCAAAAGGUGGCUUUAUUGAGGUUCCUCUGCGACAUGGCUUUGUUGAGGCGUCCUGGCGCAUGGUGGGGUUCUGGCUUUUGCGGCCUUCUUGGGCUAUGCGCAAGGGUCCUCUACGACAUGGGGUCGCUGAGGCGCGCCGGUGCAGUGUCGUGGUGCCGGUGUGGCCGGGGCUUCUCCAGGGGAGUUCCUACAAGUUCCUACAAGCGUAUGGUCUUGGAAUGCCGAUUGCUCAAGAUGAGCACAGCUUGCCAGAAGAAGUUGCCACCAGCGUGAAAAGAGUCUACCUGGUGACUUUGCCCGCGUUGCAGCGGCAGUCAGGGGACUCCAGGUCAUUGGUUUGCCCUUCCACGUGGAAGCACCAAGACGUGGCAGCUGUGCUGGUGGAUGCCUUCCGCAGACCAGCGCAUACCAGGAACAAUGCUGGGUGGGGCAGGAAAGCAACGGAGCUGGAAUGCAUGGUCGUCUUUCGUGAACGCCAUGCGCCCAGAGCCGGAGAGGCAGUGGGGCCCUUCCAUUGGCACAUUGCUUUGAAAGCCUCUUCAUGCUUCCGGUUUGCUCCUUUCAAAAGGGCCCUGGCUGUGAACCAUGGCGUGGCGUCUCAUUGGAGCAGCACCCAUACUGGCCUCUGGUCAGCAAUUCGGUAUGGUUACAUCCCUUCCCCAGACAAGCCUCAGGAAGUUUUGGAUCCUGAGCCACUUUUCUGGCAUGUCUCCGGAGAGCCCAUGGACUUGUUUGCAUUGUCGCAAGAGCCUUUGACAGCUGCUGCAUUGGCCAGGUCCAGGGAAGCCAAGGUGAAACAGGCCCGCAGUAGUGGCAAGGCCGAACCUCGCGCCACGGAGCUUGACCUGUAUCCCAUCAUCGUUCGCCACGGUUUCCGCAAUGGGCCAGAUGAUUGCAAUGCAGCAGAGAAGCUGGUGUCCUACUUGAAAGCUCAUGGUUCUCCAGCUCUUCAGGCUUUUGCUUUGCGCGGGGAGGGGAGGCCGUCGGGGCGGGUCGGUGGGGGAUGUUGGGGCUCGGGGGCCGUGGUCCAGACUGGGCCCGGGCGGGAGGCGGCUGCGGGGACAGCUUGUGUGUGCCAUGGGCAAUGGAUGCAGACGGCCAUGCAUUCCUUGAUGCUCAAUGGCAUUGAUCCUGCUGCAUUCUGCCAGGACAUAUAUUGCCUGCUAGCCAAUGGGCGCCGUGAGGAUGUGCCAGUCUCAGUCCUCAUGGGCCGCUUUGGCGGCGAAGGCAAGUCCUUCUGGCUGAGCCCCCUGCGCUCCGUCUACGGGGUUGAGCAUGUGCAAGCUACCCCACAGCCCGGGAACUUUCCUUUUCUGGGUUUGGAGAGGAAGAAGGUCGUCCUUCUGGACGAUUGGUCCUUUGAUGCUGAGCUCCUGCCACUUCCGACCCAGUUGCUGUGGUAUGAAGGAAAGCCAUUCCCAUUGAGCCGGCCACAGAACAGUGCGAACUACACCGGACACAUCUUGUACCAAGGGUCAGCCCCCAUUUUUGUCACCUGCAAAGAGAAGGAUCUGGGACCUUUGCAGGAGAAAGCCCACAUCGCAUUCCUUCGAGGGCAUCCAUCUGAGCACACAAUGUUGCUCCGACGAUUGAAAGUGCACAGCUUUCAUCGUGUGGCAAUGGCGCAAUUGAGCGCUGAACAGAUUCAAGGUUUGAUCGAGGCUGCAGCACUAGCUGCAGAUGCUGCCAGCCAGGCGGCCAAUAAGAUGAAGAAGAUCAGUGCGGACCUGCGCCUAUGGAGAUCGAUCAAGUUCAAUGGAGGAAAGGUUUCGAAAGAUGCCACAUCAUGUGAGCGCCCUGACAACAGGCAGGUAUCUGGCAGUGAUGGUGAUCAGCAAGAUGUCAAUGUCUUGCGUGCGGUGAUCUUGACAGAGCGUCUGCAGAAUGUUGGCAGGCGUUGGGAGCAGAUUGGCCCUGAGCUUUGGGCCAUGCUUAGCUAUGGUGGUCGAUUUGUUGACACAACACUCAUCCCUGCAGAUCAGUUGAUGUGGAGGCGCACAACCUUGUUGAAGGUGAACGGCAGUUGGGAACUUGUUGAACUCAGUGAGCAGAUUUCAACCAUGGAAGAUCGAUGCAAGUGGUUUGAUACCGAUGUUCAGGCAGAAGCCAGUUUGACUUUGGGCCAUACCAAUGUGAUGUCACCAGAGGCAUUGGGUUUUAGGCUUGAAGCCCUUCAUGCAGUUCCAUCUGAACCUGCCAGAGGUUCAGGAGAUUUUGGACUUGCAGAUGCAGCAGAAGCUGCAGCCCCAGCAGAUGCAAGAGCUGAGUUGCCACCUGAAGAACGUGUAGUACCAUUAGAAACCUUUGUGGAUGGCGAUGGGACUCAAGCGCAGGCGGGGCAAGCCCGUGCCCCUCGUCGAGCUGAGGGUGAACUUUCAGAGAGGCCUACAAAGACUGCAAAGCUUACCCAAGUUUCUCAUGUGCGUUGUGUGAUCGAUGGCACAGAGUAUACUCAUGAGGAUGCACACAAUCCCACAUACUUUCAGGAUGCAGAGUUGGACGGCUUGGAGGAGUAUGACAAGGCACUUCAUGGCCUUGAUGUGGAUGAACCAGGAGACCAAAAUCAGUCCAUGACUUUCGACACAGCAGCAGCCAUUGAGCAGUUGAAAUAUCCUUACACAGAGGAUGAACCUGACCUCAGCCCAGAGGAGCUGUGA